AUGAAAUCUGAGCGGCAGGCUCGACAACAUGCUCAGCACCAACGACUCCCUGCGUCGGCCCUCGUCGGUUUCGGAGUCGGACUGUCAUUGAUCGUCGCAAUCGGCGCCCAGAAUGCGUUUGUUCUUCGCCAAGGCAUCGGCGGAAUCGGGACCCUCCUCGAACACGCACCGUCGCUGAUCACGUUCGUUCGUAUCGCCGGUGCGGUCUUCCUCCUCAGCUAUGCAAUCUUCGCCGCCAAGCGGGCGCUUCGACCCCAGACGCUGGCGCCGGAUCAGCACGGCAACGGUUCGAGGCUGGCCGCCGUCACGAUGGCAUUGGCUCUCACCUGGCUCAAUCCACACGUUUACCUCGACACCGUGGUGCUCAUGGGUUCAAUUGCCAACGGUCGCGGCGAAAUCGGACGUUGGUGGUUUUGCGGCCGGUGCCAUCACCGCGAGUGUGGUCUGGUUCAGCGCCCUCGGUUACGGCGCACGUCUGCUGACGCCGCUUUUUGCGAAACCCAACGCCUGGCGGAUUCUCGACGCUCUGAUCGCCGUGAUGAUGGCGGUUCUCGGAAUCAGCCUGCUUGUCGAAUUGUGACUCGGCUGCACAACCUCGAUCCGACACUGCGGGUAUCGGGAUGGAUUACCGUCCAAGGUAGGGCUGAUCACGAUGACCGAGAGGACGACGGCGGCACCGAACCGCGUGACUCCAACCGCGGACUGAGUUUGCUGUGUCUACUCGCUGCGGUCGCGGGCGUCGGGGUUCGGAUUUGUCGGCGGCGCAUUCCGUUGGUGUCUGAUCAGGGCCGACGAACUCCGUCGGACGAUCGUGAACUGGGCGCAUCACGUUCCGUACGUCGGGUGGCUCGUGCCGGUCGUCCUGGGGCCUUGUGCACCGUGCUGGCCGUACUGAUCGUCAGACGAGUACCCCUCGCAAAGGAAGCGGCAUCCAGCACGCUCGAGGCGGUGUCCCGCGGCGAAGCGAAACCGCCGGAAUCAAUCUCGUGCCUGCCAGAUUCAUCGGCGGCCUCUUGGCGAUCGGCUCCGGUCUGGUUCUCGGCCGCGAGGGCCCCACCGUACACAUGGGUGCGGCGAUCGGGGCAGAAGCGGGACGGCGGCCCGCCUUGCCGAACCGGACGUCGCCAUGCUGCAAACAUCCACGGCCGGAGCAGGACUCGCCGUCGCGUUCAACGCGCCGAUCGCCGGGGCACUGUUCGUCUGCGAGGAGGUGACGCACUCAUUUCGGCUGCGCACCGUGCUGCCAACACUUUCGGUGUUUCGGUCGCGGUGGGCUGUGCACGACUUGUCAUCGGUGACCAACCCGAUUUCGAGGUCGGCACCGUCCCGACGCCUCAACUCGCACUCUUGCCACUGUUUGUCGUCUUCGGAAUCCUCACGGGGCUACUCGGUAUCGCCUACAACCGCUUGAUUCUGGGUCUACUCGACGCCGUUGCACGACUCGACAGGAUCCCGCCGACUGUCAUCGGCGCAACGAUCGGCGCCACCAUCGGCCUGACGCUGUUCCUCGACCCGCUGGCCAGUGGGGGCGGCGACGUUCUUGCACAGAUGAUCGUCGGCGGAAGGACCUUCGUACUGCCGAUCCUGCUGCUGUACUUGGCGGUUCGGUUCUUCACUGGGCCCGCUCUCGUAUGCCGCUGGAACUCCCGGCGGACUGUUCGCUCCCUUACUCGCACUCGGCGCACUCUGGGGUCGAUCUUCACCGGACUGUCGAGCUUCGUGCCCGGAGUGGACGCCGGGCUCACGGUCACCAUGGCCACCAUCGGCAUGGCUGCCUUCUUCGGCGCUGUAGUGCGCGCACCGUUCACCGGCAUCGUGAUCGUGGUCGAGAUGACAGCGGUGACGUCGACGCUCGUCCCGAUGCUCGCUGCCACCGCGGCAGCGGUAUUCGUCGCCACCGCGGCAGGGUCGGCACCUAUCUACGACAGUCUCCGAGAACGGAUGUUGGAAACUCGACACCCACCCUCUGCGAUGAUCACGAUCGACAUCGUGCCCGACCAAUGCGUAGGCAGAGGAGCAUUCAUGACCCCACAAAGUCUUCACCGAGAUAGGUGCGUCGGG